GCACUUCCGGCGGAAGCUCCCAUGGCGAUGGCAGCGGCGGCGGCGGGGCGGCGCGGCGCGGAGGCCUCCGCGCGGGCCCUCAGGGGCGCCUGGGGGCUACUGGGCGCCGGGCGCGGGUUCCGGAGCAGCGCCGUCUCGGAGAAGUGCCACGCGGCCCGCGUCCGCCCUCGGAAGGGGAACCAGCCGGUGUCGUACGAAGAGGCCCACCCGCCCCACCACAUCGCCCACCGCAAGGGCUGGCUCUCCCUGCACACCGGUAACCUGAAUGGUGAGACUGACGCAGCUGAGCGCACAGUGGAGGAUAUUUUCAUUCGCAAGUUCCUCUUUGGCACCUUUCAUGGCUGUUUGGCUGAUGAGAUUGUGCUGAAGCGUCGGGCCAACACUUUGAUAAUCUGCGCCAUUCUAAUGCAGAAUCUCCCACCACAUAAGAUUUACUUCCUGGUUGGCUACACAGAGGUGCUGCUUUCUUUUUUCUACAAGUGUCCUGUUAAGAUGGAGGUGCAGACCAUAUCUGAGAAGAUAAUUUACAAAUGUCUCUAAUCCUGGCUUAGCUUAUCGUAGAAAGAUGUUCCUGACUCCUGGUUGAUAUUGAUGCUCCAUACUAGACCCAGUGGGAUUCUUGCUUCUUUUGUCCUUGAACAGACUGGUGUUUUCCAGCCAUUGACUUCUCCUCCAGAAAUUGGAAAUAGAUGGAAACACCCAGAGAAAGGAGAAAUCUUAUUGAUUAUUAGAAAUGAGUUGCUGAAAUGCAAACAAGGAAUAUUUGUCCCUAUUUAUGACUGUUCCCAGUUCUUUGUCUCUUUAGCUGUAGAAUCUUGGCCUGCACCGCUCUCUGUAGCAAUGGAAAAUCAUUUCACUUUGCUUCAUUGAAUGGGUUGCAGGUUGCCAUGCCAGGGCAAAUAGGGGUGGGUGAGUUUCUGCUGAACAGAAGGUGAAAGUGCUGGACUAUGGCUGUUCCAUUGCCUCUCUCCCUCCUCAGUGUUCUCUUUCUUCACAGACUGCAGGGUAAGUGCUUCAGUAUAAGAAGGAAUCUAGCCUGUAAAGAGCAGGCUUGUAGGGCAGAGUGAAGACGGACAAAAUGGCACCAAAGGUCAUGCUAGGUUCUUUUCAGGCCAAGUGCACAAUUAAACCCUAUAAAGAGCUAUUCAGAUAGCCAGUGAAGAAUGGCCUGGGGUAAUAGAAAUGGAAUGACAAUCUGAGAAGCCCCUUGGGGGAAAAAUAGGCCCAAAAAUGCAUAUGUAGCACCCUGGAAAAAUUAUUGCUUCUGUUCUGAAAAAGAGAAUCUGUUCAAUGUACUUCCCUUUAGUUACAUCUUGGAGAUAAAGUAUUCAACAUUGGGAAGUUGCAAAAUGGGAUGAACAAUUUCCUGGCAGUUCGUAUCUAUGUGUAGCCCAGGCAUGACUAGAAGCGCAGCUUGAACUUCAAGGUGAUUUUCUGUGUAGUGAGAGUCUAGGAAAACAUGAUUUCCCCUCACAAGUCAUGUUUCCUUCAAGUUGUAAUGGUUAACAGGGCUGAGUAAUUGCUAAAAUUCAUGAUGGGCCAGUGCUAUCCAAGUGUCAUAGCCAUUUUAUUUUGUGCUAAAAACAAUGUGACCAGCUGGAUUUUGCCUGAUCUCAAAAAAAGCUCCAAAGAGCCAGUCCUAGUUAACGCUUGGAUAGGAAACCACCAAGAAAAUCUCAGGGCUGUAAACCAGACUGGGAAUUGGGCAAAGAGGGAAGUAGCAAAUCUCUCUUCCUGGACUUGUUUAGAAAUUGAGCCUGACUUGAAGGAGAUUUGGCUUUUUUUUAUAGAAGAUAAAUAGAUUGUGAAAGGAUGUUUUUCCAGGAACUCUUCUUUCCCUUUGAAGUACUUCUACUGCUAGGUGUGUGUGUGUGUGUGUGUCAGCUGAGCUCGAAUUCUGAAAACCAGGUCCCUAGCCUUGGGGAAAUGACCAUGAGAGUAGUUUUGCUUGCCUGAGUACCACUCCCUACAACUGAAAGCUGGUUGGCAAAAGAGUUGUGCCCCUUGGCCACCACUUCCAUUGGCACAAGGUGUGUACCCACUGACUACCGGUAGGCUGGGGCCAAGAGGGCUUGCGAUAGUACCCAGGCAAGCUUGAAUUGUUACUAGGACAGGAGAGGAAGACUCCAAAUGGUCGUGGGGGAGGCUCUGUUUUUGCCAGCACAAGCUCCUUCGGAUUGGAGUGCCCUCCUGUUUGAGGUCAGCCUAGCCCAGCAUUAUCCUGCCAUUUCCUUUCUUCCUGGAAAUGAUGGGCAGGGAGCUUUCAUGUAAUUGUAAAGUGGAGGUUCACCACUGUGACUUGAAACAAGACUUCAUUGAAAGCACUCUUCAGGAGUGUGUACUUAACUGAAUAGACCUAUCUUCGGAGGUUUGCACAAGGUUGCCACCAUUUUCUUUUUUUUUAAUCCAAAGUGAAUAAUCCAUUUUAGCAUGUACCACUUUGCUGAGUCAGCAUUCAUGGAUUCAGCGGAUGUCAUUCAGUAUAAAGGAACUCUGUAAGAUCAUCCUGUGACAUAGGAUGUUGCAAGCAAUGCUCACAAGGAAAGGUUAUGGCUGCAGACAGGCCAUUUCCAGCCAGAGAUUUCUGAUGAGCUGCAGUAAAGAGGGACCACUCAGAACUCUUCUGUUGCUUUGAACUCUGACUCUGCUUUAUAAGACGGGGCAUGGGGUUCCUGGCACUGCCAACUGUACAAAACUAAUGAUGCAAGCAGAGAAACGCACAUGGCCAAGCUCCAGCUUCCUGAUGGUUUUAACUUUGCCCUUCAGAAAGGAGUCCAAAGCUCAGAAGCCCCCAGGAAGCUAAACUGGGCAGUGGGAGUGAAUACUACUGGGCUUAGCCCAGACUGUAUUUAUAUUUCCCUUGGCCAUACUUCUUUCCAUCAGGUGUGAACCGGUUGGGAUAAAAUGACAAUACAAUGUGUGGCCAAAAAGGCCAGAUUCAGUUACAUGUUGUGUCAUGAGCAGACUGAAAUUGGCUGCUGAAAUUCUGGAUGUAAUCCUUGCAGCUGAGUGGCCCUCUGUUCUUCUGGCCACUGGCCAUCUGUUUUCCCACCCUGGCCGUCCUGUUUCAUAAACUGCCACUGAAGAGGCCCAGUUGUUUUCCUAGGUGGUGGUGUCUGGAGCACUUCCUAGUGAGUGCACUGUUUACUUUGUUGGUUUAUGCCUAAAUGCUGUUUAGAACUGUUUUGCCAGUGACAUCCGUGGAAGUAACUCGGUGUUAGUCACAGGGCCAUAGACAACUUUAUUUUUAAAUCCCAGUACAGAAGAGCAAACAGCCGAAGACAUGCACUGGCGGCAGCAUUGGUGACAUUCAUUUUCUCUUCCUUAGCACAAGCCAUAACCUUAAUCUACAGCUCAGUUUCUCUUUUCUGUCUGAAGUUCUGUUUGGCUCCCUUCCAGGAAGAUUUUUUUUUAGACUUAAUUUUGUUUUAAGUGAUUACCAAUUUAUUUGUUUCGCCAUGCUGUCCUGUCCAGGCCAUUCAACACAAAGAUAUAGGGAACCUAGAGUGGGAGCUGUAUGCAACUCCCAGGGCAGGCUGUUCCAAAGGGUGGGCAGCCUUCCACAAUCUUGCAAGAUGGCAGCAUUCAAUUGAAGGGACUGGCACACCUAUUCUGCCCCAUUCUGUCAGGCAGAAGCAACUGGAGGCAGGCAGUCCCUCAUAUACCAGGACCUGUGCACAAAGGGCUUUAUAGGUGAUACCAACACUUUGAAUUGUGCCAGGAAGCAGCUUGUGUAGCAGUGAUCUAGGCAUAAUGAGGUGUGCCCAUUAUUGCUUGCACUGUUGCAUUUUGAACCAGCUGUCACUUCCAGAUGGUCUUCAAAGGCAGCCCCACGUAGAGGGCAUUGCAAUAGUCCAACCGUGAAGUUUUGCACCUUCCAAUAUAUUUUUAUCCACUACUAGAUGACAGUUUUGUAGCAUAAGACCUGCCCCCUUUGGAACAUAGAUGUUUGCAACUGGUGCUGUUUCUAUUCAGUGGAAGGGGAGUUUUCUCCCCAAAUAAAUAUAUACUUUUGGUCCUUUAGCAACUGAUGGAAUUGUAUACUGUCACUUAGUUCAGAUGGCAGGUUGGGUUCUGUUUACCGAAAACAUUACAAUAGGGUGCAUUGCUACAAGAUGCUAAAUGAUUUACCAUGCAAUAAGUGGAUUUACACAAUAUAUUAAACGGACAUCAUUCAUUAGGUCUAUACCCCAUUUCUUCCACAAACACCCCCUAGGUUAGGGUAUGUGACCCUUUAUUUCUCCCAACGACCACCUAAGUUGAGCUAAGUGAAUGACUGCCUUAAAGACUGUGCUUGAAACUACAUUUCCUUGGUUCUAAUGCAACAGUUUAAUUGCUAUACCACAUUCUAAGCUUAGUAUUCUGUAUGAAUGCCCCCCCCUUUUUUUAGUAGAAUGUGAUAUAUCAGAUCAAUUUUCUCAAGUCCUCAGUAUUAGCUGAAGAUUCACAAAUAGAAAAUCAUUCUAAUCAUCCUAGCCUUUUCAUGUUUACUUCAAAAUUUGUACUUCCCAAUAUGUGCAGAGAAGAUAAAAGCAGUGCUUUUUUCCCUACUAUAGCACAUUGCAUUCCCAUAAUGCUUACUUUUUCAUUAUUGCAAAAUUGGGAGGUGUUUCAGCUCCCAGAAGACCUGUCUGAUACUUAGGGAAAAAUAACUAAAGCUGGUAUAUUUACAAUUGAGCAUUUACAAAAAAAUGGUGUCUUCUCAGCAAUCAUUGGUAGGACUUGCUGCAACUUAAGAUAGGUAAUGUGGUAAUCAGAGGACCACAUUUUUUCCAUAAUCAACUUGCCAGAACACUUGACAUUUGAAUUUUCAGUAAUUUUGCAUAGUUAAUCUAAUAAAGAUUGUCUUACUGGG